AUGGCUCAGAAAUGUGCGAUUGGUUUUAUUUCAGCUCUAGCAGCUGCUUCCGCUUCCCUCUCGCAAUCAAAACUCGCUGCUGCUGAUGGUCCUCUUCCUCCUCCACAUCAGGCUGCUCAAGAAUCUCCUCCUCCUCCGCGAGCUCGGAAUAAUGAUAAUCCGAGGACGAGUUCCGGUGGUUUCGAUCCGGAGGCGCUGGAGCGAGGAGCUAAGGCCUUGAAGGAGAUUAACAGCUCCUCUUACGCUAAAAACGUUUUUGUAAGUAUGAAGCAGCAAGAAGAGACAAAGCAAACUGAGUUUGCAGCCAAGGGGCAAGAGUAUAAAGCUAUGCAAGCCCAAGCUGAAACUGAGAGGCAAAAGGUGAUUUAUGAUGAGCAGAAGAAACUUUAUCAGCACCAAGCACAGACUAAAUCUCAGAUGGCUCGUUACGAAGAUGAUUUGGCAAGAAAGAGGAUGCAGGCUGAGAAUGAGUAUCAUAGAACAAGAAAUCAGGAACUUGUGAAAAUGCAAGAAGAUUCGGCAAUCAGGCAGGAACAAUCUCGACGAGCUACUGAGGAACAGAUCCAGGCACAGAGGCGACAAACUGAGAGGGAGAAGGCUGAGAUUGAGCGUGAGACAAUCAGGGUCAAAUCUAUAGCAGAAGCGGAAGGAAGAGCCCAUGAAGCAAGGCUUGCUGAAGAUGUAAACAGGAGAAUGCUUGUUGAUCGUGCAAAUGCAGAAAGAGAGAAAUGGGUUGCUGCCAUUAACACUACAUUUGACCAUAUUGGAGGCGGGUUGCGUGCAAUUCUUACAGAUCAGAAUAAACUGAUUGUUGCUGUUGGGGGAGCCACUGCUCUCGCUGCUGGAAUCUACACAACGAGAGAAGGUUCAAGGGUCAUCUGGAGCUAUGUGGAGAGAAUAUUAGGACAACCAUCCUUAAUCCGAGAAUCUUCAAGGGGCAAGUACCCUUGGUCUGGUUCGGUUUCUCGUGCAAUGUCCACAUUGCGAGGAAAGGGGUCAGCUAUCAAAAAUGGAAAAGGGUUUGGUGAUGUUAUUUUGCAUCCUUCCUUACAGAAGAGAAUUGAACACUUAGCUAAGGCAACCGCCAACACAAAAUCGCACCAAGCUCCAUUCCGAAACAUGCUUUUCUAUGGUCCUCCAGGAACAGGAAAAACAAUGGUCGCCAGAGAGCUGGCUCGUAAAUCUGGUUUGGAUUAUGCACUGAUGACUGGUGGAGAUGUUGCUCCCCUUGGAUCUCAGGCCGUUACAAAGAUUCAUCAGCUGUUUGAUUGGGGGAAGAAAUCUAAGAGAGGCUUGUUACUCUUCAUUGAUGAAGCUGAUGCAUUUUUAUGCGAGAGGAACAAAACAUACAUGAGUGAAGCCCAAAGGAGUGCACUAAACGCUCUUCUCUUCCGCACAGGUGAUCAGUCCAAAGACAUAGUCUUAGCACUUGCCACAAAUCGACCUGGUGACCUAGACUCAGCUGUGGCUGACCGUGUUGAUGAGGUUCUUGAAUUCCCCUUACCUGGAGAAGAAGAGCGGUCCAAGCUUCUAAACCUCUACCUAGAAAGGUACAUAGCUCAAGCUGGUCCGACAAAGCCGGGUAUGUUUGACCGUCUCUUCAAGAAAGAGCAGCAGAAGAUCGAGAUAAAGGGCGUCACUGACGACCUCUUAAAGGAAGCUGCUGCCAAAACUGAAGGGUUCUCAGGGAGAGAGAUUGCGAAACUGAUGGCGAGUGUUCAGGCAGCUGUUUAUGGAAGUGAAGACUGUGUGUUGGACUCUGUGUUGUUCAGAGAGGUUGUGGAUUACAAAGUUGCUGAGCAUCAGCAGAGAAGAAAAUUGGCUGGCACCGAUUAGAAAUGAGAUUUAUAUGUUAGAUCAUCAAGUGGUCUCACCGUCACAACAUUGUUUAGGAGUUGAGUUGGUUGGGGGGAGUUUUGAAUCCUAUUGGUACUCCUUUUUGGUUAAGGAGAAGGUUUUGUACCUUUGUGUUGCUGCUUUAUAUUCAUUUGCUUUUAUCAAAGCGAGACUAUAGUUUGAAUAA